AAAUCAGGUCCCCAAUUAAAACAAUAUUUGAAUUGAAUGGCCCUGGACUCUUGGAAAGAAAACGGAAAACUUUAAAGGAAUGUACCAUGGCGACUCAAUAACCCCCCUUAAAACUACUAUUGCUGACUGCAAAGGCAUGACUGUGUAUAUUAGGUGCAAUAUGAGUGUGUGUUUGUGCGUGCAUGUAUCUGUGUGUAACUGGCCCUUCCUGCCUGCCUGCCAGAGAGGGGAGUCGAGAGCUCUGCUGGGAACUACAUGGUGCUCAAUUUUUCAAGAUGUCGUCGCUGGAACAGAGGCUAUCGCGAAUCGAGGAGAAACUAAAGCAAGAAAAUGAAGAAGCUCGCCGGAGAAUCGACCUCAACAUCGACAUGAGCCCACAGCGAUCACGUCCGAGGCCGAUCAUCGUGAUCCAGCUCAGUCCUGCUCCAGCUCCUUCCCAGCGUGCAGCGCUCCAGCUGCCCUUGGCCAACGAUGGAGGCAGCCGGUCAUCAUCUUCAGAGAGCUCGCCUCAACACCACCCGUACCCCAGCCGCCCACGACACAUGCUUACCCUCCCCACACCCCCAUACGGCCUACAGAAGAGCCUAGAGAAUGCAGAGAUCGACCAGAAACUACAGGAAAUCAUGAAACAGACGGGUUAUCUAAAGAUCGAUGGCCAGCGGUAUCCAGCAGAAGUGACAGACCUGAUCAGUGAGGGGGAGAUCGGCAGUGGAACCUGCGGACAGGUUUUUAAAGUGCGAUUUAAGAAGACUGGCCAUGUCAUCGCUGUCAAACAAAUGCGUCGGACAGGAAACAAGGACGAGAACAAGCGGAUCCUCAUGGACCUUGAUGUGGUGCUUAAGAGUCACGACUGUCCUUACAUCAUCCAGUGCUACGGAGCUAUAGUUACCAACACGGACGUGUUCAUUGCCAUGGAGCUGAUGGGAACAUGUGCUGAGAAGCUGAAGAAAAGAAUCCAGGGCCCUAUCCCAGAGCGAAUCCUUGGAAAGAUGACAGUAGCAAUAGUGAAGGCGUUGCAGUACCUGAAAGAGAAACACGGUGUCAUCCACCGGGAUGUGAAACCCUCCAACAUCCUCCUGGACGCUAAAGGUCAGAUCAAGCUCUGUGACUUCGGCAUCAGCGGACGCCUCGUUGACUCCAAGGCAAAGACCCGCAGCGCUGGCUGUGCUGCCUACAUGGCGCCAGAGAGAAUAGACCCUCCAGACCCCACCAAGCCUGACUACGACAUCAGAGCAGACGUGUGGAGCCUUGGCAUCUCUCUGGUGGAACUGGCAACAGGACAGUUUCCCUACAAGAACUGUAAGACAGACUUUGAGGUUCUGACCAAAGUGCUGCAGGAAGAUCCUCCUCUGCUGCCCCUCGGCAUGGGCUUCUCCCUCGACUUCCAGUCCUUCGUCAAAGACUGCCUCACAAAGGAUCACAGAAAAAGGCCAAAAUACCACACGCUGCUGGAGCAUAGUUUCAUCCUGCGUUACGAGGUGCUGGAGGUGGACGUGGCCGGUUGGUUCCAGACAGUGAUGGAUCGCACCGAGUCGCCUCGCAGCAGCCAGUGUUACAGCCAUCAGCACCAGCUCCACUCGCUCUUCAGUAGGUAGCCUAGCCCAGCCCGACGUUAGCUUAGAAAGACGCUAGACUAGCCUAGCUUUAGCUUUGCUGAACCCAGACUCAGUCUGUCCUAGACUAGCCCAGCGUAAGCAGCUAAGCGUAACGUUACUCCAAGCCCGCCUGUCUGUCUGUUCACCGGAGAACCUGAAGAGCUCACAGAGGAGGGGGAGGACUCUGAACGGACAGAUGGAGUGAUGGAUGGAUUGAAGGAGUGAUGGAUGGAUGACACAGGUGGUUGAGUUUAACUUUGUGUUAAAUCUGGACAGGCAGACACAGGAAGGAGGGGGGGAAGGGUGCACACUGUAGUUAGCUUCAUUCGUCUUGUCUCACUUAUCUAACAAGUCACGGCGUGUGUGUAAUGGCCACACUCACUUCCAUAAAAACUGUGUGUGUGUGUUUAGUGUUUCUACAUUUCAUCACCUUUUCAUUAGCUCUUCACCUACAUGUCUGUGUCCGGCGUUGAUCCAAGUUGUUGGAUUAGUCAACAGAGUAGUCACUACACACUGGAACAAAGCAUCUGCUACAUUAGCUACGUUAGCAAACAUGAAUCUCUUGUACAUAAAAAGCUAUGGAGGACAUAACAAUGUCCAGUGCAAUUAUGAUUCUUCAGGUGUUUCUACUAUCACACAUUCUCAGGCUGUUUAUCUGUGUGUUAGUGAGUUUGUGCGUUUGAGAGUGUGUGUGUGUGCGUAUGUAGAAUUAUCAAGACACAGUCACUUGUUUCUUAAGUUGAGUUAUUUCAUAGUCAUUUAUCACCUUACACACUACAGUGCUAACACACAAAAUAGAAUGAACUAACCUGUUAGCUGUACGUCAUGUUUAACUUGUAAUCAGAGUAUCUCAUCACCUUGAUAUGAAAUAUGUUAUGAACAGCCAUUGCCGUAUUUAGCAGCUGCAUAAUUGGAAAAAACGUUAUGAAAAAGUAUUCUAAAAAAAUUAGUGUUGCAUUCUAGCUUUGUAUAAUGGAGGGCGUUUAUGGUUUGUGUGUUUGCGUAUAUUUGGAGGGACUAAGAUUGAACUAAAAGAGCGUUUCAAGAGAUGGAGGAAUUCAAAACCAGUCAGAUCCGAAGAGUGUCCGACUCUCUAGGUAUGUACGAUAGAAAAGACAAGAAUGUAGAAGAAAAGGAGAGUUGUUCUCUGGUUGAUGUUACUGGUGUGAAAACCAGAGAGACCAUGGAGGUACAAAUGAGAGCAGAUUUCCUUUAUACUGAAAAGGGAAGGAGCAGGAGCUUAUCAUGUACAAAGAGUAUACACAGUGAUAGAUAGAUCUUAUUACCUGUGGAGCAUUUCUUUAGUUCAUCCGCUGUUUGUCUACCUCUUUCUCUCUGUCCACCUAUCCGUCAGUCCGUCUGUCUCUGCUGUUCAGUGUGACGUAGUGCUCCACAGUGUUACCAGACCAAAGGCUGCGUGUAGGUUAUUGGUGGUGGAGGUUUGAGGUUUUAAACCCGCAAGUGCAUACAUUUCAGUCGUUGUGAAAUCCGACAGAACAAGACUUAAUGAGCAGAAUUGUAGUGUUUGUAGUGCCUAGUUCAGGGGACUCAAAAUGAAAGCCAAGGGGCCUGAUCUGAGUCACAAGGUCAUAAAAACACUUGUAUGAUUAGCAGUGAUUCUCACAUGGCCCUGAUGUUAAUCUUAAUUUGGAAAUCUCAAUUUGAAAAUCUCCUCUUUCAAACUUGCUUGAACAUUUUAAAUUAGAUAUUUAAAUGAACAAACCACGAGCCACAAAAAAUAUGGCUGAUUAAUUAUUUCUGAUUAUUGGCUUAUUGAGAUAACAAGUACUCAAACCUACUGAUCAUAAAUAAAUACUGACAAUGUUCAGAUUAAGCUUAGAACGUCUGUCAAAAAAGGUAUCUUAAAACACAAAAUAAUGGCUUACCGAGGGCAUUGACCUCUUAAGAGAUAUUUUAACUAAAAAUAACAAAAACUGUUAAACACAUACUCAAAGAAAACAGACAAAAACAACUAAAGAUCUAAUUGAAUCCAUCAUAGGCUAAAAGAUAAAUCAGUGUACAUUGAAAGCCCAUGGAACCAUCACACCACGAAGAGUUAGUAUUAACGACUGAAGUUUAUUUAAAGGUAUUGUUCUUUUUGCCCCUGAUAAUAUGAAUAAGAGACCCCUGAUCUAGACGAGAAAGUGUAAGGCUUGAUCAACCAGACAAACCUGAACUGGUUAAUGUUUGAUGUAUAGAUGUAUUCAAUGAGUGCAGGUCUUCAGAGACGGACUGAAUCGAGUCCUCCUGCCUCCCCUCCUGCAGGGCCAUAGCCAAAGCCUGCCAAGUGUGCAGACUGAAGUCCCGUCACACACCAAACCAAAUCACUGCGAGACACAGAGAACUGAGGAGUGAAGAUGACACAGAGAGGGAACCGUGAAGUGCGAGAGCGAGAGCGAGAGCGAGCGAGCGAGAGAGAGAGAGAGAGAGAGAGAGAGAGAGAGAGAGAGAGAGAGAGAGAGAGAGAGAGAGAGAGAGAGAGAGAGAGAGAGAGAGAGAG